UGUGGCAGCACUGAAUCUGUAACAGAUCUGGCUGGCACUGUGAGAGUGCAGUUGAUGGGAAUGUCGCUGUGCUGCAGGUGAUCGUUGUUGUAUCCACUUUGCUGUGUUGAACCGUGAGGAUGCUGCGCUUCCCGGUGAAGAAGAUCAGAAAGCAGUUCAAGCUGCUGCUGCUACUGGUGCUGCUCACCUUCGCUGUGUGGUUUACAUACCUGCACAUCCACCAGGGUAAAGCCAUCCGCCUGCACUUCAACUACGCCAAAGAUGGAGAAAGGCAGGCGGAGGGGACAGAUGCCAGUCAUAAAAGAGACACACGCUCUUCUGACAGCCAUCGCAAGAGUGAGGACACCAGCGACAGCCAUGAGGAAGAUACAGCGGAGGAUGAGCUUCACACUGGUGCUGCUGAGAGGGAUCAUUCUGAGAUACUGAAGUUUCUCUCAAAGAAGUAUAAGAAGUUGCCAUGGAAACCAGAGUUUAAGGGACAGGCAAACCUCCAUGUGUUUGAAGACUGGUGUGGCUCCUCUAUUGUUCAGCUCAGAAAAAACCUUCAUUUUCCUCUCUUCCCUCAUAAGAGAACCAUAGUGAAGAAACUGGCUGUUGCCCCAAAAUGGAAAAACUAUGGUUUAAGAUUAUUUGGCUACAUUCAUCCAUAUAAAGAUGGUGACUUUCAGUUUGCUGUGGCUUCUGAUGAUAACUCUGAGUUCUGGCUGAGUACAGAUGAGAGCCCACUCAACGCCCGGCAAUUGGUCUAUGUGGGCCAGCUGGGGUCAGAAUGGACAGCACCAGGAGAGUUUACCAAGUUCAGGUCUCAGGCUUCCAAGCCUGUCCAUCUCAUCACCUCCAGAAGGUAUUACUUUGAGAUUCUGCACAAGCAGGACGACAAAGGCUCGGAUCACGUGGAGGUCGGGUGGCGCCCUUUUCUGCCAGGUCUGAAAUAUGAGGUCAUUGAUUCUGCCUACAUCUCUCUGUAUACAGAUGAGAGCACUCUCAGGAUGAAUAGUGUGGAUCACAUCCCUCAGACACUGGCCAGCCACAGUCAACUCCCGGUGGGGACGCGGGGCAGCAGGCAGCAUGGCGCCGACAUGUUGAAACCAGACCCUCGUGACUAUUUUUUCAGAACACCUUUAAUUGACCCCUCACGACUGGAGAAUGUGCUGCCCUCCUGUCUGUAUUCACCCACAUACGUCGUUAAAGACUUUCCCAUCGCCCGCUAUCAGGGUUUGCAGUUUGUUUAUUUAUCCUUUGUUUAUCCUAACGACUUCACCCGGCUUACCCACAUGGAACGAGAGAACAAGUGCUUCUACCGAGAGUCACCUAUUUAUCUGGAGAAGUUUGGCUUUUACAAGUACAUGAAAAUGGAUGAGGAGGAGGAUGACAGGCCAUUCUUCUUCCCUAACCCUGAUGAUUUUCUUGAAGAGGAGGAAGGUGUUGAUCCUGAGGAUGAAGCUGAGUUUGUUGGCACUCCACCAUCAAAGAGGACCACACACCCCAGCCAGGCGAGCCACCCCUCCACCCCUUCUAACAAAACAGGGUCUGUAUCAAUGAGAACUGAGAAAGAGGUGCCGCCAAAAAAACAAGCUCUGAGAAAAGAACAGAGACACUUUUUCCACAAGGAUGAUCAAGCGGCUAAAGUACGGAGAAAGCAGGUGGAGCCAGAGAGAUCUGAUGGACAGGAGGAAAUACAGGAGGCAGCAGAUUCUCAAAAUGUAGUGCACACUCGCUCUUUGUCUUGGAUCCAGAAACAGGUAAAGAAACAGGACCAUGCACCGAAGCUGAGCAAAUCUUCUUUGCUGUUUCCUAAGAAAUCCUUGGCAUCUCUUACCAACAGAGCUAAACAACUCUUGACUAACUCUGCCCAUGCCAGUCAUACCACAAACAACCACAAAAAAAGCCAUAGCAUUAGCAACAAGGACCAUAAAAACAAGAAGAACAAUAAAAUCUACAUCACCCGACCCCAUUUAGCCAAAGGAAAGAAAAGUUCAGUUUCAUAUCAACCUCGAGAGAUCUUUCCUGGUGUUUUUCUCUAUCAUACUGGAAAAACCACCAAGCUAAUGAGCUUAAAUUCUAAACCCAAAGUUAAAGAAGUCCUUGGGGUGUCUCGUCACCUUGCUAGACCCCCUCUCAGAGAAAACAGAAUAUCCCACCUAAACUUGAACUCUAGCAGACAAAGUGCAGCUCACCAAGCUUCCAGCAGAGCAGCUCUUGUGAGUCACACAGAAAAAAGCAACAAGCUAGCUUUACCUGCUAGUACCACGCAGCACUCAUUUAAUUCCUCAAAGAAUGCCCUCCCUACCGAACCUCCCCAUGUGACAUCCUACCUCCGCACCACCGAGAUCACCGAGACACAGCUGCAUCAAGCAGGACCAGAAGCUGAGCAGGACGAAGAGGAGGGCGACCUAUCAGAUUACAGCUACGAGGAGGUGGAACCCCGGCCGGGCUGGGCGGAGGAGGCUAUCAACUGGCAAAGGACGUUUUCUGUAAAUAGUAUGGACUUUGAGACGCUGCGUUCCGAUUGGAAUGAUUUAAGGUGUAACGUCUCGGGAAACCUGCAGCUGCCCGAGAGUGAGGUGGUGGACGUGCUGGCUCAGUACAUGGAGAAACUGAAUGAGCGAAAUGGAGGAAUCUACACACUCUUGCGAAUCAUAAAUGUGGAAAAGAGGCGUGACUCGGCGCGGGGGAACCGUUACCUGAUCGAGCUGGAGCUGAUGGAGCGAGGGAGGAACGUGGUACGGCUGUCUGAGUACAUCUACCUGUUAUUGCACCCUGGCCGCAUGGAGGACAGCCUGGAGACUAGAGAUGGGGUGACUGCUGAACCCUCUUCUGUCUCCAUCUCACCCUCUGCAUCCUCUCAGCCAGUUGCACAUACUACACAUGCUAGCCCGAGGCCUGGAACGGUCUACCCCAAACCACUGCUCUGUCAGCCGCUAAUGCUGCAGUGGAGAAAAGAUGUCAUGGUGCACUUUGUGGUGCCUGUGAAGAACCAGGCUCGAUGGGUACAGCAGUUCAUCAGUGACAUGGAGCUCCUGCACCGAGAGACCAAAGAUGAGAACUUCAACAUCAUAAUCGUGGACUUUCAGAGUGAUGACAUGGAUAUUGAACAGGCUUUGAGAGAGAGUUCUGUACCCAGGUAUGACUAUCUGAGAAGGGAGGGCAAUUUCGAACGUUCUGCUGGGCUGCAGAUUGGAGUGGACACUAUUGAGGACAGCCAUAGUAUUGUAUUCCUGUGUGACCUGCACAUUCACUUUCCUCUUAACAUUCUGGAAAGCAUUAGGAAGCACUGUGUGGAGGGCAGACUAGCCUUUGCACCUAUUGUCAUGAGACUAGGCUGUGGGAGCUCACCUCAAGAGCCUGACGGUUAUUGGGAGGUGAAUGGCUUCGGUCUCUUUGGAAUCUAUAAGUCUGACUUUGACAAGAUUGGUGGCAUGAACACAGAGGAGUUUAAAGACCGCUGGGGAGGAGAAGACUGGGAAUUGCUGGACAGAGUGUUACAGAAUGGCCUGGAGGUGGAGAGGCUGAGAUUGAGGAACUUUUUCCACUACUAUCACUCUAAAAGGGGCAUGUGGAACUCUCAGAUAAAGAAAAGCUCAAAGGUCUAG